UUGUUGUGUGCGAUUUUGACGCACCUAUGAACUAGAGUGCGUGUUGUCUGUCGGGGUGGCAUUUUGACUUGUAAAUAAUGUAUUCAUAUAAAAAAAUACUAUAUAUAUUAGAUAUUAGCUAAACAAUUAAAGAAUAUUGUGUAUGGUUAAAUAUUAAAAUAUUUAGUGCCUAGUUGAAUUAGUAUUAAUAAGUAAUUCAAUUGUUUUUCUUCAUAAAUUCAUCUGACAACGGUAUCAAAAUGGCGCAUCAGGCCCCAUCAGUCAAUUGUUCUUUAGAUGAUAUAGACUUAAAUGCAUUAAAAGAUCCAGCGGGUAUUUUUGAAUUAAUUGAAGUUGUUGGAAAUGGCACUUAUGGACAAGUAUAUAAGGGACGACAUACAAAAACUGGACAAUUGGCAGCCAUUAAAGUUAUGGAUGUUACCGAAGAUGAAGAGGAAGAAAUUAAGUUAGAAAUAAAUGUAUUAAAAAAAUAUUCAAAUCAUCGUAAUAUUGCAACAUAUUAUGGUGCAUUUAUUAAAAAAUCACCACCAGGAAAAGAUGACCAACUUUGGUUGGUCAUGGAAUAUUGUGGUGCAGGUUCAGUGACGGAUCUUGUUAAAUCGACAAAAGGACAAUCUUUACGUGAAGAAUGGAUUGCGUAUAUUUGUCGAGAAAUUUUACGUGGAUUAUCAUACCUACAUUCGAAUAAAGUUAUUCAUCGUGAUAUUAAAGGACAAAAUGUUUUGUUAACGGACAAUGCUGAAGUUAAAUUAGUUGAUUUUGGUGUAUCAGCUCAAUUAGAUCGUACAAUUGGACGUCGUAACACAUUUAUCGGUACACCGUAUUGGAUGGCACCAGAAGUAAUUGCAUGUGAUGAGAAUCCAGAUGCUACAUACGAUAACCGUAGUGAUUUAUGGUCGUUGGGUAUUACAGCAUUAGAAAUGGCUGAAUCACAACCACCAUUAUGUGAAUUACAUCCUAUGCGUGCAUUGUUCUUAAUACCACGUAAUCCGCCGCCACGUUUAAAAAGUAAAAAAUGGGCAAAAAAGUUUCAUAGUUUCAUUGAAACUGUGUUGGUGAAGGAUUACCAUUUACGUCCUUACACAGAACAAUUACUGAAACAUCCUUUUAUUAGGGACCAACCGACAGAACGUCAAGUUCGAAUACAACUUAAGGAUCAUAUCGAUCGAUGUAAAAAACGUAAACAAGAAAAAGAGAGAGAAGACUAUCGUUAUUCAGGCUCUGAAAAUGAAGAUGAAGAACCUGCAUUAGCUGGAGAACCAUCUAGUAUUGUACAAGCACCCGGUGGCGAUACAUUACGACGAAAUUUCCAACAAAUCCAAGAAGGACGAACAUUAUCACAAGGUGGACAACAGGCUGCUGAACCACCACGUGCCGAGCCACGAGCACCAAGACGCGAACGUGAAGAAAUACCCGAACCAGGACCACCUGCACGACCUCCUAUACCUCAUAGACUUAUUGUUGUACCAGAUCCACCUAGCAGGUACAGACCCUUGCCACCAACACCUCGCCCAGGAAAUGGCGCUCAACCUCAAUCUCAGCCACAACAACAAAGAAAUUCCCAACAUAUGUUUAAGCCAAUGUUACCACCAAGAAGGCCUGAGGAUUUGGAAACAUUAGCAGCACAAUUAAAUGAAUUAGGUGUAGUACAACCAGAAGCACCACCACGAAAUAAUCGAAGUAAAUCUGGUAACGGUGGAAAUGGUCAUAGUAAUAAUAAUAACGGUAGUGGCAAUGCUCAAUCACAAAAUUUACCACAAAAUCAUGCCACUACUGCUGCAGUUAUCGAUGAUGAAUCUGAUUCAGAUAGUGAACCAGAAGAUAGCGGUCGUGUAAGAAAUGAUGGUACUCUAUUAGCUAGUGAUCCACCAAAACCUCUGCCGGGAUUAGGAUCAGUUGCCGAAGGUACACCGUCAUCAUCCAGCCCAGGUGCAACUAGUUCUGGACCUACAGCUGGUGGGGCACCAAAUCGUCCACUACCUCCUACUCCUGACGAUGACGAAUCUCAGGGUGACAAGACUCUAGUUAUGAAAAGGCUAGCGGCGGCCAGUCAAAAUUCAGAAGUAGUUAAUAACGAAAAAAGCGGUGAUCUCGAUGAAGCAACAUUAUUAAAAGAUUGGGAUUUUGCUCGAUUCUUUCCAACGAAAUUUCAAGGCAACAACGAUUCAUCAACCACAUCAUCAAAUAGUUCAAAUAUUGAUCCGAAGAAAAAGAAUGAAACUUCUGCAAAUCAUCAUCGACGUAUGGAGAGUGUAGAUUCGAAAAUAUCAAAACCAUUCUUCCGUGGCUUCCGUCGCGAAAAUUCCGAUUUUUUCCCAUUAAGUUCAGCAAGACAUUCCGCCAUAUUUAUGGAUCGUAAUGCAAAUCCAUUACGUACAAGUGGUUUUUUUAAUAAUCGUCGUGGUUCCGAUGCCAGUAUUAUUGGGUUAGCGAAAAAACUCAAUAACGGCGAACCGAUUUUAACAGAUUUCGUUAAAACAAACAAUGAUUUUAUUGUUUCAAAGAAUAAAACUGAAGAUAAAUCAAAAGAUAAUAAUAUUGAACAAGAUACAUCAAGUUUCAUUCGACCACGUCGUGAGAAAACUGAAUCUGAUAUUGUGUUACGUAAUUCAGUAACACGACAAGAAUUACGUGAAAGUUUAGAAGCACGUAGGCGUGAGGUUGAAGGACAAUUUUCACGACAUGCUGAUGAUAUUAGACGUAGAAAUUCAAGACCGUUAGAUUUACCCUCAAUGAAUAAUUCACCAAAAUCAAGUACUAGCAGUAACAUAUUUGAUGCAGGCGAUUAUUUAUAUUUGCAGGCAGGACGUGGUAGUAAUGCUGGUGAAAGUACACGAACCAGUAGCGUUUUACCAGAUUUAUUAAGUCAAGCGAGUGCAAGUCCGGGGACACCAUCAGCACGUGAUAAAUCUUCGAGUGAAGAGUAUCGCCAGGCUGUAUCGUCGAAUACAAAUUCCCCCAAUAAAAUGUUAGGAAAUAAUUUAUUCCCUGGAUUAAAUCCUAAUGCCAUUGCUUUACAACAGAAACAACGAUCGUUCCUCACAUUUGGUUUUGGAGCUGGUUCUGGACCAACACGACGUGAAUCUCAUGUAAAUGUUAAUGUUACACCUACCUCGCAUGAUGUUGGGUCUGAUACACCGGAAAUUAGAAAGUAUAAGAAACGAUUCAAUUCCGAAAUAUUAUGUGCCGCUUUAUGGGGUGUUAAUUUAUUAAUUGGAACUGAAAAUGGUUUAAUGUUAUUGGAUCGUUCCGGACAAGGUAAAGUGUAUCAGCUAAUAUCUAGAAGACGAUUCCAACAAAUGGAAGUAUUAGAAGGUCAAAAUAUUCUGGUCACUAUUUCUGGUAAAAAAAAUCGUGUACGUGUGUAUUAUUUAAGUUGGCUCAAAUCAAAAAUAUUACGGACUGAUGGUCUUAGUGAUCAAGUAGAACGACGAAAUGGUUGGAUAAAUGUUGGUGAUUUACAAGGUGCCGUACAUUUUAAAAUAGUUAAAUAUGAACGAAUAAAAUUCUUAGUGAUAGCUUUAAAAGAUAGUAUUGAAAUAUAUGCAUGGGCACCAAAACCAUAUCAUAAAUUUAUGGCAUUCAAAUCAUUUGGUGAAUUAGCCCAUCGACCAUUAUUGGUUGAUUUAACUGUUGAAGAAGGUACACGACUAAAAGUGAUUUAUGGUAGUGCGGAUGGUUUUCAUGCUGUGGACUUAGAUUCAGCAAGUGUUUAUGAUAUUUAUUUACCGAAACAUACACAAGGACCGAUUUCACCGCAUUGUAUAGUCGCAUUACCAAACAGUAAUGGUAUGCAAUUAUUAUUAUGUUACGAUAAUGAAGGAGUUUACGUAAAUACCUACGGCAGGGUGUCUAAAAAUAUUGUAUUACAGUGGGGUGAAAUGCCCACAUCCGUGGCAUAUAUUGGUACUGGUCAAAUAAUGGGUUGGGGCAAUAAAGCAAUUGAAAUUCGUUCAGUUGAGUCAGGACAUUUGGAUGGUGUAUUUAUGCAUAAAAAAGCACAACGUCUGAAAUUCCUUUGUGAACGUAACGAUAAAGUGUUCUUUUCAAGUGCUAAAGGUGGAUCAUCAUGUCAAAUAUAUUUUAUGACAUUAAAUAAACCUGGUAUGGCUAAUUGGUAACAUAUAAUACUACAAAUAGUGUGACAUCUGUGGUAUUAUUUAAUCAAAAUGGCGGUAUCAAAAUAUGAUCAACAACAACAACACAACAUAACUCCAUUUUGUUAUGGAGUUUAUUAUUAUUAUUAACGACUAUUUUCAAUUCAAAAUGUAUUAUUUCUAAGCAGUCUUUCUUUGUAGUCUAAAAGCUGACUGUUAAUAAGGAGAUUAAUUUCACAUAAAGUUGAAUUUUUUAUAUGCUCAAAUCGUCAUAUCCUCGAAACGAGAGCUUUGAGUUUAGUCAAGAUGAUAUUGUCAUAUGCGGCGGCGAUCUCUUUAUACAUUUAGGGCACCCCGUUUGAAAAUAAUUGAAUUAAAAAUAUAUAAUCGAUGCCUUGCAAGUACGUCAUCCGCCUAAAUCACAUUAUUAUCAGCUAACCACCACCCAAACCGAAUAGCAUGUAGUAGCAGCUUUUGUUUCAUGAUAAAAAUAAGUCCAAUUAAGGUAAAACUGUGCUAUGUUAUUUGUUGCAUUUUCGGACUGAAAUUUUAUCAAAAUUGCUGCUCUAUGCGAAUGAACGCUCUAUCGUUCUGAAAAAUCCACGAAUUUUUAUUCACAUUGGGCAUUUUUGAUAAUUAUUUUUCUUUAUUGAUGGAUAAAGAUAAAUAUCGAAAAGAAUAAUGAAAGAACGCUUUUAAACACUUUUUACCCACACUCGUUCGCAAUUGAAUCAAUUAACUGCUGCGAACGAAAAGUGCUUAUUUAUGCACUAACUUUUUAAAAUUACGAUAAUAGAUUUUACUAAAUUCCGGCACUGUUUUUAUAUAAAAUGUGUGCAAACUUCUAUUCUUUAAAACAUUUUGAUAAGAAAAAAAACCUAUAUUUGAGGAAAGCUCUUCGUUAAUUCAUCGUUUGUAAUUCGGUUGUAUUGAAAUAAUCAACUACCAUAAAUG